AUGAGCGGGAUCAUGAAUUACAACGGUUCCGCCAUCGUGGCGAUGGCGGGCGAGAAGUGCGUGGCCAUAGCCGCCGACACGCGUUACGGGAUACGCGAGCUGCAAACUGUGAGUUGUCAGCGGCAGAAGAUCUUCCAGCUUACCAACAAGACCUUCGUGGGGCUUGCAGGCCUGGCUACCGACGUGCAGACGAUGGCCUCGAAGCUCGAGUUCUCGCUCAAGCUCUUCGAGCUGCGGGAGGAGCGCGUCAUGCAGCCGAAGACGAUCGGGAACAUGAUCUCCCACACGCUGUACCAGUCCCGCUUCGGGCCCUGGCUCACCGAGCCCGUGGUCGCGGGCCUCGACAGCGCGGGGGACCCGUUCAUGUGCGCCUUCGACUUCAUCGGGGCCAUGUCUCAGGCCAAGGAUUUUGUGGUGUCUGGGACCUCGUCGGAGCAGUUGUUCGGCGUCUGCGAGUCCUUCUGGCGGCCGAACAUGGACAAGGACGAGCUCUUCGAGACGAUCUCGCAGUGCCUCCUGUCCGCGGUGGACCGCGACUGCCUGGCUGGCUGGGGCGGCGUCGUUCACGUCAUCACAGAGGACCAGAUCAUCACGAAGAGGCUCAAGGGCCGCAUGGACUGA